GCGGCUGGCGCUGAGCGGCUGUUGGCUCUUGCAGGGGUCACGCGUGCGCCAAGAUGCAGAUCUUCGUGAAAACUCUGACGGGCAAAACCAUCACCUUGGAGGUGGAGCCCAGCGACACCAUCGAGAAUGUCAAGGCCAAGAUCCAGGACAAGGAGGGAAUCCCUCCUGACCAACAGCGUCUGAUCUUUGCUGGGAAGCAGCUGGAGGAUGGGCGUACCCUCUCGGACUACAACAUCCAAAAAGAAUCCACUCUGCACUUGGUGCUGCGUUUGCGUGGAGGCAUCAUUGAGCCUUCCCUUCGCCAGCUUGCACAGAAGUACAACUGUGACAAAAUGAUCUGCCGCAAGUGCUACGCCCGCCUGCACCCUCGUGCUGUUAACUGCCGUAAGAAAAAGUGUGGCCACACCAAUAAUCUGCGUCCCAAGAAGAAGGUCAAGUAGAGGGAGCUACCUGUCUUCAGCCCGCAUGGCUGUGCUCUGUUGAAUUCAAGUUGGGUAGUCAGUCUGCUGCAAUGUAGCUUGGUCCUGUGUGAAGCAGGGGUGUGUUGAAUAAAUCUACUUCCAGUGCUCA